AAACAUACUUCAAAUCCAGCCUUGCUUCACAUGUUUGCUGGCUUAUUAUCCAACAUUUCUCAAUACCUUCACCCUAUAAAAAAACACACAUACCCUAGACCACUAAUCACCAAUUCACAUUACACUAAUCCAAAUACUUAAGCUUACAUUAGUGAAAACUAAUCUUUCGAUCAAAAUGGAUCCACGAAAAUCCUCAUCGGCCAUUCUCUUCCUUCUCGUUAACCUCGUAUUUUUCGUUCUCGUAAGUGGUUGCAAGGACCCACCGUCCAUUCCGAAACCCUACCCUAACCCUAACCCUACUCCAGUUAAGGGAAGUUGCCCUAGAGAUGCCCUAAAACUCGGCAUAUGCACUAAGAUACUCAACGGGAGUAUCGGUACGAUAAUCGGGAACCCACCGGAUAUUCCUUGUUGCUCUAUAUUGGGUGGAUUGUUGGAUCUUGAAGCAGCUAUUUGCCUUUGCACUGCGUUGAAAGCGAAUAUUCUUGGCAUCAAUAUCAAUAUUCCUAUUGCGUUGAGUCUUCUAAUCAACACUUGCGGGAAGGAACUUCCCAAGGAUUUUAUCUGUGCUUAACUAGGGUUUUCUUGUAUUUGUGUCUUGGUGAUUUUUCAAUAUUUUAGUCCUCGUGUUUGAUGUUUUUUUUUUUUUUUUCUUCGAGUUCGCUUAGUUGUUAUGUUACGUUUGUGACGAUUAUUUUCCUUGUAAUUGUAGUUUUCUUGUGCCACUUGUGGUUUUGUGAUUUUUAGAAUGAUGUUAAAAAAUUAAUGGCUUGUUUU